CCAGGCCACGUGAUCCAGCGAACAUGGCGGUGCCCAUGCGGCGGCGUGCGGCGUUCUGAGCGUUCCUUUCCUGGCGUCUGUCGCGGCCAUGUCGCGGCUUAUCGUGAAGAAUCUCCCAAAUGGGAUGAAGGAGGAGCGCUUCAGGAAGCUCUUUGCUGCCUUCGGCACGCUUACUGACUGCUGCCUCAAGUACACCAAGGAUGGAAGGUUCCGGAAAUUCGGCUUCAUUGGCUACAAGUCUGAGCUUGAAGCUCAGACAGCCCUGAACCACUUCAACAAAAGCUUCAUAGACACUUCCAGAGUCACAGUGGAGUUGUGCAAGUCUUUUGGCGACCCUACAAAACCCAGAGCCUGGAGCAAGCACUCUCAGAAGGCCCCUGCCCCAGAAAAGCAGACCAAGGAGCCCUUGGCAAGCGCAGGCACAAAGAAAGAUAAAAAGACGAAAGAUCCAGUGGAUACCUUAAAGGAGCUGAAGGAAGAUAAAACAUUCCAGGAGUUCUUGGUGGUUCACCAGAAGAGGUCCCAGGUGGCCACUUGGGCCAAUGACACUUUGGCAGAGGAGCCUAAGAAGGGAAAACCAGCAGCAGCAGCAGAUUACCUGAACUUUGAUUCAGACGAGUCUGAGGAGCUGAGUGAGGCUGGGGAUGAGCCCUCUGAAGAGGAGGAGGCGGUUAAAGGAAAGAAAGAAGGGAAGAAGGCAGCUACCAGCAAAGACCUCUCAGAUAUGGAUUACCUGAAAUCUAAAGUGGUGAAGGAUUCUUCCUCCUCAUCCAGUACAGAGGAAGAAACAGAGACUGAGGAGGAGGAGGAACGUGAGACUGAGGAUUCAGGCAUUGCAGAAACCCACCCAGAGAAAAGGGGGAAGCCAAAAGCCCAACAAACAGAGCAAAAAACACCAGUGGGGAAGAAGAAAAAAGGAUCCACACUAGAGAGCCAGGCCAGCUCAGGGGAAGCCAGCACUCCAUUCACAGUGAAACUUCGUGGGGCCCCCUCCAACAUCACUGAGCAAAAAAUUCGGGAAUUUUUCUUCCCUCUGAAGCCAGUGGCAAUCCGGAUGGGAAAAAAGGCCCAGGGGAAGAAUUCAGGUUACAUCUUUGUUGACUUGAAGAGUGAAGCAGAAAUGCAAAGGGCCUUGAAGCGGAAAAAAGAAUUCCUGGGUGGACGCUGUGUGGAGGUUUCCCGGUGCAGGAACACCCCAAAAGAAACGGUUCCAGCAAAACCUGAGCACCAGCCCUGGCAAAGGACACUGAGGGAGGAUGAGGAGGAAGAGGACUUGUCUGAAUCAGGGAGACUCUUUGUCAGGAAUCUGCCUUUCACCAGCACUGAGGAGGACUUGGAGAAGAUCUUUUCCAAGUACGGACCCCUCUCAGAGAUCCACUUUCCCAUUGAGAAACUCACCAAGAAACCCAAAGGAUUUGCUUUCAUCACCUACAUGAUCCCCGAGCAUGCUGUGAAGGCCCUGGCAGAGCUAGAUGGGCAGGUGUUCCAGGGUAGAAUGAUGCAUCUUUUACCCUCCACGAUCAAGAAGGAAAAAGUGGAAGAUGGAGAUGCAGAAGAAUCUUCCUCCUACAAAAAGAGCAAAGAGGCAAAGGACAAAGCCAACAGUGCCAGCUCCCACAACUGGAAUGCACUGUUCGUGGGGACGAACGCUGUGGCUGAUGCCAUGGCCCAGAAGUACAACGCUGCCAAAAGCCAAGUGCUGGAUGCUGAGAGCAAAGACAGCGUGGCAGUGAGAGUGGCUCUAGGAGAAACGGAGCUGGUCCAGGAAAUCCGACGGUUCCUCAUGGAAAACGGAGUCAGCCUGGAUUCCUUCAGCCAGGCUGCUGGUGAGAGGAGCAAGACAGUGAUCCUGGUGAAGAACCUGCCGGCCGGCACGAGCUCCCUGGAGCUGCAGGAGCUCUUUGGCCGACACGGCGACCUGGGCCGGGUGCUGCUGCCAGAGGGAGGUAUCACAGCCAUCGUGGAGUUCCUGGAGCCCACAGAGGCCAAGCAAGCCUUCACCAGGCUGGCCUACUCCAAGUUUCAUUCUGUGCCCUUGUAUCUGGAGUGGGCUCCAAUGGGGGUUUUCCUCAGCCCAGCCCCUCAGAAAAAAAAAGCUGGGGUUCCAGGAAAGGAGGAUGAAGCAGGGCUGGCACCAGGUGAAGCUGUAAAAGACUCAGAGGAAGCAGCAGCACUGGAAGAAGAGGAGGAGGAAGAAGAAGAAGAAGAAAAUAUCCCUGGUUGUACCUUGUUCAUCAAAAACCUGAACUUUGCCACCACAGAAGACACACUGCAGGAGAUGUUUUCCAAAGUGGGAGCCCUGAAGAGCUGCACAAUAUCCAAGAAGAAAGACAAAGCAGGCACUUUGCUUUCCAUGGGCUUUGGAUUUGUGGAGUACAAGAAGCCAGAGAGCGCCCAGAAAGCCCUGCGCCAGCUCCAGGGCUGCACUGUGGAUGGCCACAAGCUGGAAGUGAAGCUGUCAGAGAGAGCUGUCAGGCCUGCUGUGAAAUCAGCCCGGAAGAAACAGACUGCCAAGAAGCAGAAAACUUCCAAGAUCCUGGUCAGAAACAUCCCCUUCCAGGCCACUGUCAGGGAAAUCAGGGAGCUCUUCAGCACCUUUGGAGAGCUCAAGACUGUCCGGCUGCCCAAGAAAAUGGCAGGAACGGGAUCCCACCGGGGCUUUGGCUUUGUGGAUUUCGUCACCAAGCAGGAUGCCAAGAAAGCCUUCCAGGCCCUGUGCCACAGCACUCACCUGUACGGCCGCAGGCUAGUGCUGGAGUGGGCAGACACGGAAGAGACCCUGGAGGCCCUGCGCCGCAAAACCGCCCAGCACUUCCACGACUCCCCGAAGAAGAAAAAACGAUCGGAGCUUUUGAAUGAAAUCAUGGAGCACCUGGAAGAGGAGGACAAUAACAAGGAUGAGGACAUCUAACAGCUGCCUGGGGUCUGGUGAGGUCUCAGGCUGAUGGACGGAGCAGGAGAAGCCUCCACGAGGAGCCCACUUGUUGCCAGUAGAGUCCACUCAUCCUGUGAACCCAAGGGCUGAUUUAUGCCGUGUGUCCAGGUCCUGGAAUUCCCAACCUUUGAAGCAGACUUGAAUUUCGGAGAGGAAGGAAAGCCCUUGUUUGCUGGCAGCUCCUGAGCAUCGCUUCGUAUGUCCAGGCAGGGAGUGAUUCCCUUCAUCUCAGCCCAGCCUGAGGGAAGAGGAGCCUGGAGCAAUGAACUUCCCUGCUGACCUGGGGACUCUGACAGAACCUGCUCUUAAUAUCUGAAUUAAAUAAUUCCUGUACAUUAAAAACCACAUUCUGUACAUUAAAAACCAAAUUUUUAGUUUCCCAUACUGCGCCACGUCUGAGUUUUGUUUGGCUUUGUUUCUUCUCCACAGCCAGGUAGUUUUUUGGGGCUGAUAGGAGCAAUAAUUCCUGUACAUUAAAAACCACAUUCUGUAUAUUAAAAACUAUAUUUUUAGUUUCCCAAACCGAGCCACAUCUGGGUUGUGGUUGGCUUUG